AUGUCUGCUCCAAGUGACCCUUUCACGCUCGUUACUAUCAACUCUGCGCCGGAGCGCGCCAAGCGGCUCAUUGGCCGUGUGGCCGAGCUCUUGAGCGACCGGCAAACAAUUAUUCCCAUUGAUAUUUGCGAAGAUAUAAGUGCAUCGAUGUGGACCGAUGAGGAGGCCAAGCAGAUCUAUGCGAUCGCUAGGUCGAUCAAUCCGACUAUCAAGCUGCAUGCCAUACCUAAUGGUUUGCAGGUCGAGCGUGGUCCCGACGCCAUUGUCGAACAUCUUUGCGAGAAGGUGCCGCCACUGCUGGACAGUUGGAUGCACCGCUACAAUUUAAAAUAG